CCUGCCUUCUGAGUUUGGCCAUUAGCAGCACAUUCACCGGCAGCACACGCGCGCACACAUGGCCGGCUCGUCAGCCGCAACGUCGUGUGCUCGGUUCCUGGCAUUGCUGGCGACAUGCCUCCUCUGGAACGAGGCCGCAUCGUUCACGGCGUCCGGCUGGAACAAGGCGUUCGCCACCUUCUACGGCGGCAGUGACGCUUCAGGAACGAUGGGUGGGGCGUGUGGGUACGGGGACCUGUACUCGACGGGGUACGGGACGAACACGGCGGCGCUGAGCACGGUGCUGUUCAACGACGGGGCGUCGUGCGGGCAGUGCUACCGGAUCAUGUGCGACUACCAGGCGGACAGGCGGUUCUGCAUCUCCGGCACGUCGGUGACCAUCACGGCGACCAACCUCUGCCCGCCGAACUACGCGCUCCCCAACGACGCCGGCGGGUGGUGCAACCCGCCGCGGCAGCACUUCGACAUGGCCGAACCGGCGUGGCUCAAGAUCGGCGUCUACGUCGGCGGCAUCGUGCCGGUGAUGUACCAGCGGGUGCCGUGCGCCAAGCAGGGCGGGGUGAGGUUCACCAUCAACGGCAGGGACUACUUCGAGCUGGUGCUCGUCUCCAACGUCGGCGGCGUCGGCUCCAUCCAGUCGGUGUCGAUCAAGGGGUCGAGGACCGGGUGGAUGGCCAUGUCCAGGAAUUGGGGCGUCAACUGGCAGUCCAACGCCUACCUCGACGGCCAGAGCCUGUCGUUCAAGGUCACCAGCAGCGACGGCCAGACGCUCACCUUCCUCGACGUCGCCCCGGCGGGCUGGACGUUCGGCCAGACCUUCUCGACCUCACAGCAGUUCUCUUAAGUAAUUAAAUAUUAAUGAGUUAUUACUGGUCCAUUCAUAUAUGUGUUUAAUUCCGAGCGUAUAUUAUCAUCGGCGUCGGCGUGUAAAGACUAAAGAUAUAUUACUAGUAGCUGUUUGGGUUGCCCACAAGUUUGGAGCAUGCGCGCACAAGUGUUUGGUGUGGCGAGCUAUAUAUAUGAUUUGCAAGCUAAGGACACCUGCUUUUUUCAAUGCGAAUUAAAACGGUAUAUAUAUGUACAGUUUGCGAGGUGCUUGCCAAUCGAUGAUCGGCAUGCUUUACUGUAACGACCACACAAGGAGUUUUCACUUUCCUGAACUAUUACUGUCCAUAGUUUCGUC